AUGCAAGGUAUCAUCUUAGGUGCUUAUUUUUGGGGUUAUAUUAUAACUCAAAUACCAGGUGGAUAUUUAGCUGGUCGAUUUGGUGGAGCGAUGAUUGUAUCAAGUUUACUUAUUGUGUUCAUGCCAUUAAUUGCACAUCCAUGUAUCACUGUAAUCAUGGCUCAUUGGGCACCAGCACAUGAACGUGGAAAACUGAUAGGUUUUAUGAAUGCUGGUUCACAAGCUGGAAAUGCAUUUGCUUUAUCGAUUGGUGGAUUGAUGUGUUCAUGGCAUAUUGCUGGUGGUUGGCCAUUUAUAUUUUAUUCAGCAGCUGUUUUUGAUUUUGUUUGGGAUAUUGUUUGGAUUUUAUUCUAUACAAAUUCACCACGAAAUCAUCGAUUUAUUAGUAUACAAGAAAAAGAAUAUAUUCUUCAAAAUACUCAACAAUAA